CCCAGAAGAAGGUGUCAAGGUUCCUAGUGAAGCUGAGGCUGAAGAGUCUUUCUCAGAGCUCUGAUAACAGGUCCAGUCCUGAGUCAGAGCGAGCUAACGCUGAAGUCCGCCAGGGGGCAGUCAUGCAGUCUUCGGCAGAGGGCAAAGCUCUCCGCAGCUCACAAGGAAUUAUCCAUAAUAACUCACCGCAGCACUCCCCUCCCACUGGCACUAAUACGAGUUGCAGAGGGGCAGAGGGAUCUACGUCCCCAGAUGACAUUGACAGCGGCAGGAAGAAGAUCAAGUUCCCACUCCUCUUCACCAAGACAGCCGUGGCUGGGACCACCACCAACCCCCUUCUCACUGAGAAUGAACGGCCCAGCGUGAAGCUUUCUGCCAAGGAAGAAAAUGCCCUUAAGACUGUGAGGGUGGCCGGUAUCCCAGAGGAGAUUGGUGUUGGAGCUAAGGUCAUGCAGAAGACCUUACCGGCCAUACCCAAGUUCAGCUGGUCACGGCCCAGUCCAAGUGAAGAAGAUGACAAAGUCCAGGGCAAAGUCAAAGACGUCCGCAAGACCAAACUAGGUAAACAGAAAGAAGAUAACAUCCCGCCAAUAGCCAAAGAACCCCGGGAAAAAGGGUCCUUCCAUGGAGCAGAGCAAGGCAGAGGCAGGGACUAUAGCAGGAGGAGGGCGCCCCUCUCCUACGACAUCCAGCACAGACUCAACCAAGCCAUGACAGAUUCAGACAGACUCAAAGCUAGAGAGGUCAUCAAGAGAAGCGGAACCAUCCGCGGUGAGAAUCUCCAGCAAAGGCCCAACCGACAGAAGCCAGAGUUGGAGCGAUUCAAACCCAGGGAUAUCACCAAGAGGAGGGGCAUCAUUCCAUGUGAUGAGCUGCAGCAAAGGCCCAAUCAGCCAAUGCCAAAGCCAGAUAAAGCUGCCCUGGUUAAACUCCCGGCGAUUCCACGGUGGAGGGGCUCCAUCUCAUAUGAGGACUACCGGAAGCUGAACCAGAAGAUGCCAGACAGCACCAUCAACACAGAGGACCUGGAGGAGAUCAGAGGCAUUACUCAUAUUGAAGACCUGGCAACUAUGGUGCCUGACGAUGCCCAGUCUGAUGCCUUCAAAGAAGUCUUUGAGCAGUUUGCAAAGAACAGCGAUGGCUCUAUCAAUGAGGAGGGCCUGGCGUCCACGCUGGACAGAGUGGGGAUCAGUAUCAGCCCAGAGGAGGUGAAGAAAGCCCUGCAGAAGGCUGACCACGACAAGGACGGAGAGGUGGGAUUUCAAGAUUUCCUGCAUGUGAUGGCGGACAGCCAGCGCUUCUCCAAGUGUGUGAAAGGAGCAGACCCAUCCCAGUCUGUUGAGGUGUGUGAGACAGUGUUUUACAAGACCCUGACCAAGAUGCUGGCUGCUGGUAUCCUGUCCAGUGGUACUACAAGAGCGAUAGUACAGUACUACCAUAAAAAGACUCCGAGGCUGAUCCGGCGGGCCGUGCGACCAGACAGGGAGGACGGGGACCGUGUUCUCAACUACUACACCAAGGGAGCUCAUCUCAAAGGCCUGAAGAGCAAGCAGCUCCUCAAGUACAUCCAGCCAGUGGAGACAAUUGCCCAGAGCCAGAAGGAGAAGGACAGCCCGUACUUGAAGCUUCCCAGCCUGAACGUGGCCUACACCUCCUGGGACCCCCGGCGCAUGUCUCUGAACCCUGCACAGAGGGCCAAAAUGGGCCGCAUGAAGUCUGUCAAGACCUGGAAGACCGCUGAGAUCGAGGAUCGCAUCAGACAACUGUCAAUCAAGCACCCUGGGAUGGAGAAAAUGGAGAUGAUCACGCCUGUGAAGAUGAAGGUGAACAUGUCCAUGAAGGAGAGGGACCACCUCACUUACAAUGAGAUCAACCGGAUAAAACAGAAGUCUAAAUCAAGUCUGAAGGAGUACCUGAAGGACCUGACCCAGCUGAAGCGCAGGGACAUGUGGAACUCCUGGGGCUCCCUUCAGUGUUACUGUGUCCUCCACAGCCGGAAGGACUUCCCCAAAACCUUCACCACCUACUCCUGGUCCUGGAGCGGCUGUCGCAACAUGAUGGAGACUGGAGACCUGGACGCUCCCUGUAGUCCCACCCUACGAACCCCAUAUAGCCAACCACUGGAGCCCAUCGCCAGGAAGCGGCGUGCCUCGUCCAAUCAGGGAGGCUAAAAAGAGAAGACCCCGGCAGCAACCCCCGCUGACAGGAAGAGCAGUACACUGUAGAAAAGAGGAAUAACAUCAAUAGCAAUCACAACAAUACUGAUACGAUCAAUUACUUUAACCACAAAGAUCCCACUUCCUCUGACCACAGUCUCCACUCCCCCACCCCUCCUGAUCCCAGUCCCAGACUUCGACUAGAGCGGCUGUAGUUAUGAGUGCAACAACCCCCCAUGCUAUGUGUUCAAACAGGACCGGUCCCCUAGCUGAUCUGUUGCCCUGGGCCUAACAUACAUUAGCCCGCCCAUGAGAGGGGGAGGAAUGGAGGAGAGGACAUGCAGUGUCUCCCUGCUCAGCAGAAAUAAACCCAUCAUCUCUGAAAAAAUAGCAGAAUGAGUCAAACGAGUGUCACUGGUUUAUUUGAAAACUGCACCGUGCAAAAGUGAGGAGGAGGAGGGAUAGGUAGGGAGGGAUCUGGGGUCGAUGUGCAUGAGACCAUGAAGGUAACUGAAAGAGUGAUAUGGAAAGGGGGAAGUGGCAGUGCUUUAUUUUGGGAUUAGAUGUCCAAUGUGAAUAGCAAGAUUAUGGGGUAUGAGAAUAUGGUUCAGAGCUAAAUAUAUAUAUAUAUAUGUUGCCUGAAUGAUGUGUCCAAACAGUCAUUUCCAAUAACUCCCAUGUCAAGAGCCACUUCUCCACUCUAGACAACCCACAUUCACAUCAGUCUAUGAAUAAAUCUAAGGGUCCUACAAGGCCACGGCAUGGAGCCUAGGAGGAGAGCCAGAACUACUCAUCCCCUUGGCCUGCUCCAACUGGCUGGGUUAAACUAUAGUCUGCUGAUUAAGUCCCUGACUGGUCCAGGUCCUGAUAAGGUUGAGGACCCUGAUAUCAGGCCCAAUUGAGGAAGGGAUCAGUGCUGGUCUGAUCCAUUCGUUAUGAACAGUCUCAGUCUGAUGUUAACCAGACGUG